AGCUAUCGGAGGGACGACGCCAGCAGAGCAGCGAAACACAGUGGUACCCAACCCGGACACGGAACCGACGAGCCCGAGAGUGGACAGCGAGUUCGAGCUUUUGUGCGUAAUCCCCCCACGUGCCGCCGCCAUCUAACGCCCGCCAAGACGCCGAUCGUCAGCGACAGAUUGCCCCGAAGGCGAGGACACUCUUUUGGCCCAAAAAUUGCUCUUCGGUCGAAAAGGCAGCAGCCCCCGCGCCGGAAGUUGGUCCACCCGCCCUUUAUGGACCUCCCGAGGAACCUGCACGAUUGCUACUUCUUCUACUACUCGACAUGUAAGAAGGGCACCAACUGCGAGUACCGCCACGAGCCGGCCGCUCUGGGGCACGAGAAGACGUGCAAGAUGUGGGCCGAGGGCAAGUGCUACAAUCGUACGUGCACGAUGCGCCACAUGAAGAUCGAGAAGCCACGCUCGGCCACACCGUGCUUCUGGGAGGAUCAGCCAGGUGGCUGCCGCAAGCCACACUGCGUCUUCCAGCACAAGAUCCCGAAGCCGAGCCAGCCGACCACCAGCAACGUGAGCAACGUGGGCGUUCCGGUGCAACCGGCAGCGGCAGCCGCCGCGGCCAACGCUGCCGCCGCCCAUCUGCUCCACUCGACUUCGGCCGCCGUCGUGCUGGACUACAACUAUGCCACGCUGCUGCCCAGAAUCAUCUAAACGCGCGUCCUCUCGCUGAUGGCUGGCUGCAAUGGCGACCGUCAUGGGCCGUCGCCGAUGGCCGCCGGACACCGAUCGAUGUGUUGGUAACCGAACAGCAGCAAGGAGCUCCACGCGUGCUCCCUGCUCCAGCGGCCCGCUUUUCCCCAUUCACGUACGCACUACUACCACACACCUAUCCGUUUCGUUCCGGGCUAGGAUCAGCCAAGCCAGCUAAGAACGUAUUUAUUAUAUUUAUUCUUUCGCAUUCUUAUCGUUAUCACUAUACCUACACGCGACGGAACGCAGUGGAUUGACCGCUAGAAAGAGAAUGGAAACGUAGUGCCGAAGUGUAGUGCGGUGCGGUGCGGCAUGCGGUCGGGUUUUGAAUAGCAAUAUAUGGAGUCUAGUAAAAAUCUGUUGAUCCUGUUGGGUGGUGGCUCGAUCACGAGGAGCAGUUCUGGCGCAAUAAGGUUGUUCCAAAUUGAAUGCUGACCGAACAGCGAAAGCCAGCGAAAGAAUGGGCGAACGGAAUAGUUUUUAGCAGCCGGCCAGGUCCGAACAGUGUUUGAUCUACUGAACGAUCUAUGCUUCGAAGAAAAGGAUGAUCGAUGGAUUGAUUUAUUACCGUUUCUGUAACGAUUCUGCAAACCUUCACUCCGGUUGCAAAGCAUAAUACCAUGAGUGCAUUAAUCCAGUAGUUGUGCGGUAUAGUUAUAGUUUUUUUAUUAUCACUAAUUUUGGUUGAAACUAGAUAAUAGCGCCAAAAGCAAACGGAAGCAAAAGCUUUCCAAGCCCGUCUCUUCAGCCACGCCGAGGGCAGCAUGGGAACCUAGGCGCAAAGCGAAUUCUUCAGCUGCAGUAUAGCAUUUUGUUUUGUUUGGUUAUUUUUGGUAGAUCUUAGCAAAAAACGUAUAAUUUCUGUUUCGCCGUGUCACAUCAGGAACCCCUUAGCUACCAAAUGCGAAUCUCUGCUUGGACGCGCACGAAACAUUCGUAAUUUGUUACCCCCCACGUGUGAAAAGAAAGAACUAGUUGAUCGAACCGACCCUUAAACUUACCGGGCUCCUCUUAUAGAAGCUGCUCCCCCUGGGACAGCUUCAUUUAUGUAUUUUUGUUAGUUUUUUUUCUCUAUUUGGUGGAGGUUUGUGAUCGACAGUUCCUUAUGCAUAUAGGCGAAGCAAAGCAGAAAACAUGGUAAAACAAACUAAUAAUAACGAAACGGAAAACGCGCAUAGAACACACUGAACGAUUUAGACAUUUGUUCAAAAAUAGAUAAACGAGCAUUAUUACGAGCGGAACUUUUAGUUGCAAAUGAAACAGAUACCGCGUGUGGCGUCAUAUGGAACGGACUAGGAUUGUUAGAACAAGAAUUAGCACAUAUGGGCAUAAUAGUAAACCAAGUUCGAACGAAAGCUGAAACCCUUGGGAAGCGUUGUUAAACGGGAAAAGAGAGAAGUUUGUAAUAGAGAAAGGCAAGGAGAUUAUCUAAACAUUUUAAAUUCAUUAAAUAAUAACAAAAUAUAAUCACGGUAUAGAGCAAACAGGAAAACGGUGCGUGUGCGAGCAGCUUUGUAACAAGUCACCCACACUGUGACUGUGUGUGGUAAAGUUUUGUGUCCUUUCUUUAAUCUAACUUGGUCUAACAUUUACCCAACAUUGGUCGUGCUCGGUGCGUAUAGAUGGCACGAUUUUUUUGGCUUUUCGUUUUCCUGAGCGACAUUCUUCCACUUCUGUUUGAGCUGGACCACUAGCGCGGAGAAUCAUAAAGCACCUAGUAUCCAACGAAACAAAAAAAAGAAUAAAAGAAUUACAAGAAAGCAUCUUAACUGGCAAAGGUUUCUUUUAAAUUUGCUGAAACUAACUGAAGAUAAAUACCCAGGAUAAAAGAGUAAACGGCGAAACAAAAUGGACUAUAAUCGUAAAAAUUAAACGUAAUA